AUGGCAGGCGAGUCGAGUAUUGCAGCGUUUAAUCCGAACGAGGAUCAACACGGCAUAUAUCCGAGAUGGGAGAGAUGGCUCAGAGGCUUCGAGCUUUUUCUGCUGAGUAAAAAUAUAACCGAGACGCAGAGGAAGAAAGCUAUGCUUUUACAUCAUGGCGGGAUGGAUCUACAAGACAUAUUUUACGCUAUUCUAGACUGCGACGUGGUGAUAGGAAACGAGGAUCCAUACGAAAAGACUAAGAAAGUGCUAACGGAUUACUUUAGGCCAAAAUUGAACACGACGUACGAGCGACACUUUUUUAGAAAUAUGGCGCAGAAAGAAGACGAAACGGUCGGUCAAUUUGUAACACGGUUGCGUCAGCAAGCAAAGUAUUGCAAAUUCGCUUCUAUGGACACAGAAAUUUGCGAUCAAAUUAUUGAGAAAGGUCGUUCAAUGGAAGUGAGGAAGCGUAUAUUAGAAAAAGGUGACAUCGAGUUAAAAGAGGCGAUGGAAAUUGCACAGGCGUUCGAGACAGCAUCGGUUCAGACAAAGGCUAUAGGAAAUAACGUAGUGGCACGAAUUACAACAAAAAGGGAGAACGCACGAGGAAAAUCAGACAGUUCCAGUUCCAGUGGUAUUAAGUGCUACAGAUGUGGUUAUCGAGGACAUGCACAAUCAGACGAGAAAUGUCCGGAUAGAAACAAGGAGUGUACGAAGUGCUGUAAAAAGGGUCAUUUCGCAGCGAUGUGCAGAACAUAUCGAGAUCGAGCAGACAAACAUGGCGACGGUUCGGACAAGCGGGACAAGAAGGAAGUUAAGACGAACAGCAGCGCCAACAAGGAGGAAAGAAAGUCGGUGAAGCAGCUAGAUAUGGCGACGCCGCUGACAGAGACGACGACGAAUAUGCGUUCGCCUUAA